AUGGCACGAAGGCGGAAGUUGUCGGCCUUGAGGCUGCCAAGCAGCGUGGUGGUGAUGGCUGCGUUGCUGUUUGCGGCAGCGGCAGUGGAGCAAGGCUCAGUUGUGGUGGUGCAAGCGCAGGCGCUGCCACCGUGCGGGUUGCUGGGCAUUGGGGACGCGGACGGCUGCAGCUUGUUUUGCCGAGGGUAUGCGGCACCGCAGCACCUGUUUGGGGACAACGUCUGCCAGUGUGGGAAGGACGACGUGUAUGUGAGCGUGUGUACAACCCGCACGGACCUUCAGGAGCACGAGGGCGUGCGCGACUUCUUCGACGGCAGCAUCGUGGAUAUCCCCACCUGCGCGGCAGCCGGCAUCACAGACGAGGCACAGUGCGCGCGCGUGUGCAGCACAACCACGUGGAACACCCGCAGCAUCUACAGGAUUGAGCAGAGUGUGUGGUCCUGCAUCUGCGACGCCCGCAACUCGUCCAUUGCCGUCUGCGGCGACGGCAGCCUCACGACGGGGUCUGUGCUUGGCGGAGACGACGACGACGGUGCCUUCUUUCAGGUCAUUCCAAGCACAGACGUGCUGCGGCAACAACUUAUCGAAGGCACCACGCCUCAAUGCAGGCAGGCCACGGAGAACAUUGUCAACACGGAACUCAUCCAGUGCUUUGAAGAGAUCUUCCAAGAGUCGACAGUCGCCAUCACCUCCGCUUCCUCCCUCACCGCUGACGACUUGGAUCAGACGUGCCAAAACCCGUGCUUGGCAACACUCUUGCGGUCCGCAGCAGCCUUGAACGACACAGCGUGCCUCGAGAGCACGGACCCGUUCACAACGUCGCUGCGACAGCUGCUGCACGACCUCCCAUCGCUGACGUUCCUGUGCCAGAUGGACAGCGGUCGAUACUGCCACCUGCUCAACCCAGCGCUGCAGCGCCUCGCCAAUACAGACGGGAGCACCGACGACUGCAAUCAGAUUCUCGACCACGGCGCUUGCUUCGGCACCAUCCUCCAGGGAACAGAGGCCGGGUACUUCUUUGGCGCGGCCGCAACCCCGGAGGAAGUGUCGCUUGUCCGCACACACAUCAUCGAUUACUGCCACGCCCUCGGCGUCAACGUGACUGCUGCAGCCUCCGCUACCGUUGCACCCGUCAACCUCCUCGCUACAUCAUCAGUGCACCCUACACCCUUCACCCUGCACCUUGAACCCUGCAUCCCCUUCUGUGCUUACGGGUGUUUCAUGCCCUUGCCACUUGUUGGUUCUUGUACUUGCCUGCAGCAGCUUCCGUCCUGGCUUGCAGAAUUGCUCGACAGCCCGUUUCGCACAGCGGUGCGCUGUGAGCUCAUGUCCAAGAUCACAACGACGCAGCUGGAACUGAAGCUCGACGACCCCUCCGUGUCUGUGCACAAACCCCAGCACCCCGAUAUGCCGCUGCCAGAGACGAGCACUGAGCUGCGUGAAUCUGUUGAGGAGCUUCUCCAGCGCGUGUGCUUGGAUCGGCACAAGCAAGUGGUGCUGACACCAUCGCAGCGCACCGUCCUCGACGACAUCGUCACGCACGUUUUUGACGUCGUCAGUGGCAACAAAGGUGCCAGCAACAAGGGCGCUGGUCGCCUGGUCGUCGGACCAAAGGGCACGGGCAAGACGACGCUGCUGUUGCUGUUGGAGAAGCUCCUGAACAUGCUGCUGCCGGCCUCUGUCGUCGUCUUCUACGCCUCUGCCCAAACGCACCGUGACCUGUACAAACUGCUCCACAACGCAAUCAAGGAGCGCACGGGACUCUCCAUGGAACUGCCUGAGGACACGUCUCCAUCCGACGCCCCAGGUCACUUUGCCAGAUGGCUCAAAGCGAACAAGAUCAAAGUGGUGGGCCUCAUCGAUGAGUACCAGGCCGUCUACACCUUCGACGAGGAUCGCUGGUGGAUCAUCGCCAUGCAUGUCUUCGGGCAGUGUGCCGCGCGCUACACGUUUGUGUUGACUGGCAGCUCUGCUCACCUCCGCGGCCUGUGCUUCGACAGAGCGCCCGAAACCGCCCGAUUCAGCUGCUACAAGCGUGGCCUCCCCAACCUCAACUGGCAGCGCUACACCACUCUCGUGCUGUCGCCCAUCCUCACCAAGCACGGAUUGCGCGAUGUUGUUGACCACCUCGGCAUGCUGCCCAUGGCAAGGUUCAUACGUGUUGAUGGCGAUGACAACGAUGACACCUCUGUUCAGGACGAGGCAUGGCUCCGAUUCAUCUUCAUGCAGACCGCCGGGCUCAUGCGCAACAUCACCAGCCUGAUUCCUGCAAUGCAUCGCAUGGUUGAAGACUCCCUGACACCCGUCCUCCAGGCCUGCUGCGCCAUUGACGACGAGGCUCUCGUUGCAACAGCGCGUGAGAGUGCCUGGUGCGGCACGCUGAGGAAAGACGAUGGGCUGCGCUGGCCGAUGACCCGUGGGCGCUCAUGA